CCUACACGUGGUCAGUAGAGAAGUUGUCAGGGGUGUGAGUUUACCGUUCAAACACCAGACACCAAACACCAUCACACACCAUGAAACUUGUGCUCUUUGUUUUAGGAGCUUGUCCCUUCUGGCUAGGAAAUGCAGCAGUUGGCAGACGAUGCACGACAGACGCCCAGUGUGACGUCACGGAGUGCUGUGAGAAACCUUACGUCACCAUCGUCAGUCGGAAAAGAGUUGUCGGGACUGGUGACAUCAGGAAACCUCCCAAAACUGGAACGUGCCAGAAGUACAAGCUAGAGGGAGAGAACUGCAGCGGAUUUGAUAAACCUAACGGCUACUGCGGCUGUCGGCCAGGCACCAUCUGCAGGUCCAGGGAGGUACCACAAGACAUCAGGAGACUGGUGGCGGCACCUAGACCACCAGGGUACGGCUGGGUCUCAACGUGUGAGAAGUCUUAAACACGGCACGGGACUGUCUGA